AUGGGCUGCGUGUGGGCUCGUGAGGCUCGCGCUCUCCGGUUUGUGCUCAGACGUGCUGCGCGCGCGCUCAGAAGCCCACGCGCUGUCCCAGUGACCACUGCUGUGUUUGUCCUCGUCCUCUGCGGCUUUCUGCUCCACCUCCCAGACUUUCACCACGACAACUCCAAUCUAGCGGAUGAUCACAGGGGCGUGAAGCUGCUCGUCUGGACUCAUCCGUUCGGUCAAAACCGUAAGCUUCCGGACUGCUGGGCUCGGUACCGGAUCGAGGGCUGCACGCUCACGGACGACCCCCUGGAGUACCCUCACGCAGACGCUGUGCUGGUCCAUCACCGGGAGAUUGCUACAGGCGCUGCGCAACUUCCUCCCGAGCCGCGUCCCCGUGCGCAAAAGUGGAUAUGGAUGAACUACGAGUCUCCCACGCACACGCUUGCUCUGUGGCGACUUGAGGGGGAAUUCAACCUGACCCUGACCUAUCGCAGAGACGCGGAUAUCUUUUUGCCUUAUGGUUAUUUAGAGCCGGGGCUCUCACGGAGUCCUGACGCGCACCUGCUGCGCGCUGGUUCACGCGCACGUCUUGACCGUCCCCAACUGGUGGCGUGGGUCAUCAGCAACUGGUCAGACUCUCAAGCACGCGUGGCCUUCUUCUACGAGCUUCAGCGUUAUGUGCGCAUAGAUGUUUAUGGACGGGUUGGGGUCCCACUGGCCGCGGGCAGGGGAAGCGUUGUGCGACUCCUGUCCAGGUACCAAUUUUAUCUGGCGUUAGAAAACUCUCAGCACACGGAUUACAUCACGGAGAAGCUCUGGAACGCUGUAUUAGCAGGAGCCGUGCCUGUAGUCCUCGGUGCAUCGCGGCGCAAUUAUGAGCGUUUUCUGCCCCCCAAGGCCUUCAUCCACGUAAACGACUUCCCCUCAGUGCGCGGCUUGGCUCGGUAUCUGCUAAUGCUCCACCGUAACCCAAGCAAACUUUGGCACCAUCUGGACUGGAGGGAAGGGUACAGCAUUGUACAGCCAUCAUUCUGGGCCCACCAUUAUUGCACCGCCUGUAGGGAAGUGCGCAAACGCAUUGGCACCAAACAAGUGGUCCAAAGUCUGGAACAGUUCUGGUCCGAUCCGGGCUUAUCUCAUUCACAUUCCCGAGAUGUCCCCAGGUUCACACCAAUCAAACACUUUUAG